AUGGUACCACUCACAUUGUCGGCAUCAUUAUCGUGGUUUGAGUUGGGUCAGCUUGAAUUCUCGACUUUGUCUCUCUUUUGUGCUCCACUAUUGUCUAUAGCUAGAGCAAUAUCACUACUUACUAUGCAACGAUUAUUUGCUUCAGGUCAUCUGGAGCAAUUUUGUCUAUAUUACACGGGCUUCACCAGUAGCGUGCUUUUCAUUCCAGCUCUCUUCUCGUAUUUGACUUCUCAUGUAGAGGUAGAUGCGAGCUGGGAGUCAAUCGACUAUGCACUUAUGAGUCUGUCGUUUUUGUUCAUGUCGUGCAACCUCUAUUCGGAUCUCUGGCUUGGUCUAUCAUUAAGCGCACGCGCCUAUGCUGUUUUGGAUCACACGAAAUACCUCGGUGCAUCGAUUGGUCAGUGGAUUAUUCAGAACAUGGCUCAUCCGAAUGUGAUAGCACUCGGUGGAAAAAUUCUCACAGUGGCGUGUUUACUGAUGAUUAUUACUCGUCCAUUGUCCGUUCCAUAA